GCACAAUCCCGCGGCCUAGCAAGGUUCCCGCUGUCGCUCGCCAAUGGCGCCAAAUGCAACAAUAUUUUAAUUCUGGCAAAUAAAAUCUUCAUUUGGCGAAUUUUACUGGCGCAAACGUAAAAAUAACUAUCCGACAACUAUUACCGUUAAAAAUCGAUAAGCGGCCAAGAAAAAAAUACAUAAGCGGCCCGGAUGCGUAAUACAAGGUCAUGGUUGGUCAUGCGUGAUUAGUUUGUUUAUCAAACUUUAUGACACUUUGAGAAAGUGAUGAGAUGCAAGUGUCACUCUUUAAUUGGAUUAACUUGUCGUCUUUAAUCUCCCGACUAACAAGUUAAUUACACACGUUGGCCAUUACGUGUUUGUAGCAAGUUACAGUAAUGGAAAGAAUAAACAUCGUUGAUGUUGCCGGUGUUGUUUUUCAUGUUCGGCAAAGUAAAGGAAGAUCAUCAGAAUGCAGUAGAUGCUGAAAAGCUCCGUGGUCACAUGGAAACUGCCCGAGUGGCAUCAGUCAGUAAAAGUGAAACAGCAGUAAGAACCGCCAUGGCUAAUGUUUACUUUCUGGCAAAACAAGACCUUCCUAGCUCACUGUUAGCCUCUGUGAACAGUCACAUGUUACUACAGGGUGUAUCCCAAUUGGCAGAUCUUAAGGUUAACAAGCACACCUCCUAUGAACACUCUGACUCAACCAGAGAAUUUCAAGAAAGCAUUUCAGCUGUAAUAGAGGAAAAUAUUUUAGAGAGGGUGAAGUCAAGUGAGAAGUACAGUUUAAUGUUUGAUGAAAGUACUGACAUUUCUGUUCAUCAGAAUCUUAUAAUGUAUAUUCGUAUUCUAGAAACUGACCAUCUUGGUGUUGUGAACCCAAAAACUCAUUUCUUCUGUAUUGACAGUCUUGAGCGUGCAAAUGCUGAGUCCAUAUAUGCUAAAGUAAUAUGUACAUUAAAUGAGAAGGGAAUAAAAUUGUCUGGUCUUUGUGGUGUAAGUACUGAUGGGGCAUCUGUAAUGGUAGGCAAUAAGUCAGGUGUUGUAACUAGACUUAAACAAGCAGUCCCAGGUAUCUUAGCCACUCACUGCAUAGGGCAUAGGUUAGCACUUAGCUGCUGUAGUGGGGCAGAUAGCAUCCCAUACUUAGUUAAGGUACAGGAAAUACUGAAUAGUGUUUAUAAGUAUUUUCACUUCUCACCAAAGCACAUGGCCAUGCUAGAAUCCAUACAACAGCACACUAAAGGUAACAGUCUGAAGUUCAAGGAAGUGUUUCAUACACGGUGGCUUAGUUUUGAGGGUUCAGUAGAAGCUUUGGUUAGGAAUUAUAGUGAUUUAGUGUCAGUUUUCUUAGAGGAAAGCAGUGGUAAGGCCCUUAGUCUCUACAAACCCAUUACUAGUUUCAAGUUCUUGUAUGUAGUCAAUUUCCUGUGUGACAUACUCAAACCACUUGCUGCCUUGUCAAAGUCCUACCAGAAAUCUGACUUAGAUUUCUCUGAGGUAACACCACUGCUUCGUUCCACUGUUGCUAAGGUAGAGAGUCUGGGCUCAAAGAAGGAUGGUACAUGUCUAAGUAAGUUCUUGUCUCAGGUUCCACAUGAGCCACAGGUAGGUGAUGAUGGUCUCAUGACUUUUCAGUAUCAGGGCCAUACUAUUAGGGAUGGUGAGAAGCAGCGUCAGGAGGCAAAUAGUAUUUGUGAUAAGUUUGUGAAAGGUAUGGUAAGGUCUAUGAAUGAUAGAUUUUCAGAUAAUGAUGAUAGUGUUGUUCUGACAGCUUUGUGUAAUUAUUUCAAUCCUGUAGUAGAUAAGGAUAGCAAAGUUGAUGAUGUAGAUGUGAUAGUAGAGUACCUUGGUAAUGUAGGUGUAGAGUGUAAUGUAGAUGAUUUGGAUAUGUUUUUAGGGUAUGCACAUGCCCUUAUUAGUGAGGGAAACAAGUCUGUGAAGGCACCCAAUGAUGUGGCGAACCUGGCUUUACGUAAGAAGGAUGUGUACCCUGUAGCAAGUGAGGCUGCAGAGAGAUUGCUGCUUGCUCCUGUUUCUACAGUUGAUUGUGAAAGGGGUUUUAGCAAGCAGAAUCUCAUUAAGACCUGUUUGCGUAGUAGACUGUCUGUAAAGUCUUUAGAUAGGCUUAUGAGAAUUACAGUAGAAGGGCCAGAGAUAGGGCAGUUUCCUUUUGAUAAGGCAUUUAAGAAAUGGGCAGCUGUUAAGGAUAGGAGAAUUUUGCAGUAGAACAGUAGUUAUGAAGGAUAGGUUAGUAUGUAGUACAGUAGGCUGUAAAAGUAUAGGCUAGGGGUUUGCAGUAAGAAAGCAAUGGGUAUAUUCAACAUAAUUAAACAUGUGUUUUCUAUGUUCAUAUUGUUGAUAUUUUUAUGUUAUCUAUUGAAAUGGAGGCAAUGUUAAUGUGCUUAAUAGGUUAUUUGCUUUCUUGUUAAUAAACAGUUAAUAAAAAUGAAAACAAUUUUAAUGUACUUUAUAAGUUAUGUGCUGUCUUGUUAAUAAAUAGUUAAUAUAUAUGCAUGUGUUGUUAUCAAUAUGGUAUUACUACUAUAAUAUCUUAACAAAAAAAGUAUGUCUCCUCCUCAUAAUUACUGGCUCCAACUUAAGAGCCAUUGGCUCCAACUUUUUCUGAUUGGCGAAUUUGAUGGCGCAAACUUAUUUUGACCCAGAGGGA